AAAGAAAACCAACUAGCCUUGUUUCCAGCCAAGGGUAGAAGCAGAGAUAGAGAGAGAGAGAACACAGCUUCUUCUUUCUUUCUUUCUUUCCCUCUUUCUUCUUCUUCAAAGCUUCUCUCCCAUGUGGAUCCAAAAACCUUCACUUCUCCCAUUCCCUCACAUUUCUAAACCAACAUUCUCCUUCUGACACUCACUCACCACCUACAAGACUACAACUUCCACACCAAUGCUCUGUUUCCUUCCUGCAUACUAGAAAAAAAAAACUCCAACCUCACCAGUAAUUAUGCUGCUUCCACGCUUCUCCACCACCAUUAUCCUCCUCUGCCUCUUCCUCUUUACACUCCUCGAAGCCACUAAUCUCACUCUCCCUCACCAACAUCCUUCCCCUGACUCCGUCGCUCUCCACGUCUUAAGUACUAUCAAUGCAUCACUCUCACGGAGACAACUCAGCUCCUCCUCCUCCUCCAGUUGCCGCACCGGAAACCCAAUCGACGACUGCUGGCGCUGCACCUCCUCCGACUGGUCCUCCAACCGCCAACGCCUCGCCGACUGCUCCAUCGGCUUCGGCCGUGGCACCCUCGGCGGCAAAAACGGCAAGAUCUACGUCGUCACAGACUCCUCCGACAGCAACCCAUCAAACCCAUCCCCGGGAACCCUCCGCCACGCCGUCAUCCAAGAAGAGCCCCUCUGGAUCGUCUUCUCCUCCAACAUGCUCAUCCGCCUCAAACACGAACUCAUCAUCAACAGCUACAAAACCAUCGACGGCCGCGGUUCCGCCGUCCACAUCACCGGCAACGGCUGCCUGACCGUCCAGUACGUGCAGCACGUCAUCAUCCACAACGUCCACAUCUACGACUGCAAACCCUCCGGCGGCGCCGUCAUCGCCGCGACUCCGACGAAGUCCGGUCGGCGAGGCAGGUCCGACGGCGACGGGAUCUCCAUCUUCGGGUCCCAGAAGAUCUGGAUCGACCACUGCUCCAUGAGCCACUGCACCGACGGGCUCAUCGACGCGGUGAUGGGGUCCACGGCGAUUACGAUCUCGAACAACUACUUCGCGCACCACGACGAGGUGAUGCUGUUGGGUCAUGACGAUAGUUACGGUCCGGACACGGGGAUGCAGGUGACGAUCGCGUUUAAUCAUUUCGGACAGGGGCUUGUUCAGAGGAUGCCUAGGUGUCGGAGAGGGUAUAUACAUGUGGUGAAUAAUGAUUUCACUUCGUGGAAGAUGUAUGCGAUUGGUGGUAGUGGUAAUCCCACGAUUAAUAGUCAAGGGAAUCGUUACAUUGCUCCUUCUGAUCCUAGCGCCAAAGAGGUGACGAAGCGGGUGGAUUCAAAGGACGAUGGAGAGUGGUCGAAUUGGAAUUGGAGAACGGAAGGAGAUCUGAUGGAGAACGGAGCUUUCUUUGUGGCGUCUGGUGGAGGAGUGAGCGCAUUGUACUCUAAAGCUUCCAGUGUGGAGCCUAAAGCUUCCGCUCUUGUAGACCAACUCACUCGAAACGCUGGCGUUUUUGGCGGUCCCAGGGAUGAUCAAGGUCAGAGUGGCGAUUCUUAUUCUGGUUAUGGAGGUGGAGGUGGAGGUGGAGGUGGAGGUGGUGUUGGUGGUGGUGGUGGUGGUGGUGGUGGUGGUGGUGGUGGUGAAGGCGGCAGCAGCGGCAGCAAUGGAGGAACCAGUGCUAUUGGCGGAACAACGAGAGGAAGUAGCACCGGCAGCAGCGAUGACAACAAUGUCUUCGGAUGAUCUUCGGAAGCGAUGCACCGCCUCGACCACGUUUAACGUGUGUGUUUUCUUUGAUAAUGAUUUGUGUUUUGUCAUUAUCAACUCUAUUAUUGUUGUAGUCCGCAAGGAUAACUAAUAGGAUUUGGACCCUUCAAUUGAUUGAUUGGUUGUUGGCU